AUGCUUCGCGCUGCAUCCAGUUUCCGAUUGAUUUCACGCAAAGGUGUUGCGUCUGCCGCAUCAGCACGCACUUCUGGAGUGUGAGUUUUUUGCGGGUGAUUUGAAACCAAGUUUUGCUCAACUUCUAAUAAAAUGGCACACAUCGAAUUGUGAUAAUCAAUUCUAAAAUUUCAACAGACAACAAAUUUAUUCUAAAAACUACUACCCUUUCUCAAAUGUUUGUUCAUAACUUGAGCAUCUGAAAUAAACCUUCUCCCCUCAAUCUUUUCACAUUUCAGUCCAGUCGAUCAGCGUGAGGGAAAAGAAAUCUACACCACAGUAGGAAUUGAUUACAAUGAGCCAAAAUUCGACAAAAUCCUCAUCGCCAAUCGUGGAGAAAUUGCAUGCCGUGUCAUCAAAACCGCCAGAGCUAUGGGUAUCAAAACCGUUGCUGUUCACUCAGAUGUUGACAGCAAUUCACUUCAUGUCAGACUUGCCGAUGAGGCCGUUUGUGUUGGUGAGGCUCCAACUGCCAAAUCAUAUCUUCGUGCUGACAGAAUUCUUGAGGCUGUUAAACAAACUGGAGCUCAAGCUGUAAGUUUUUACCUGGAGAUAUCAUAUUAUUUUAAAAUUACAAUUCCAAUGUUAUAGGUCCAUCCAGGAUACGGAUUCUUGUCUGAGAACACCCAUUUCGCUGCUCAACUCGAACAAGCUGGUGCCAAAUUCAUCGGACCUAACUCAAAAGCCAUUCUUGAUAUGGGAGACAAGAUUCAUUCCAAGAAAAUCGCCACAGCCGCCAAGGUUAACAUGAUUCCUGGAUUCGACGGUGAAAUUGCUGAUGAAGAUAUGUGCGUUAAGAUUUCAAACGAAAUUGGAUAUCCAGUAAUGAUCAAGGCUUCCGCCGGAGGUGGUGGAAAAGGAAUGAGAACUGCGUGGAACGACAAACAAGCUCGUGAAGGAUACAGACUUUCAAAACAAGAAGCUGCCUCGUCUUUCGGUGAUGAUCGUAUGCUUGUUGAGAAGUUUAUUGACAAUCCAAGACACAUUGAAAUGCAGGUAAGUAUAAAUACGGUUUAAGGCACUUUUCAUAAGUUUCGUAGCAUAGAAAACCCUUCAUUCGUAACAAAAAUAGCGCAUAAUAAAUAGAAACUUUGAAAGCCUUUGAAAAUAUGAAUGUGUAUCCUUCUCUCACUUCAGGUUCUCUGUGACAAACAUGGAAACGGUAUCUGGCUCAACGAACGUGAAUGCUCAAUUCAACGUAGAAACCAAAAAGUAAUCGAAGAAGCUCCAUCAAGCUUUGUUCCACCAGAGAUGAGAAAACGUAUGGGAGACCAAGCUGUUCAACUCGCCAAAGCCGUCGGUUACGAUUCGGCCGGAACUGUCGAAUUCUUGGUUGAUUCAAAGAGAAACUUCUACUUCUUGGAAAUGAACACUCGUCUUCAAGUAGAGCAUCCAAUCACUGAAUGUAUUACCGGUAUCGAUAUUGUUCAACAAAUGCUUCGCGUUUCUUAUGGUCACAAACUUCCAAUCACUCAAGAACAAGUUCCACUCAACGGAUGGGCUUUCGAAUCUCGUGUUUAUGCUGAAGAUCCAUACAAAGGAUUCGGUCUUCCAUCAGUUGGACGAUUGUCAAGAUAUGUUGAACCAAGACAUGUUGAUGGAGUCAGAUGCGAUUCAGGAAUUCGUGAGGGAUCAGAAAUCUCAAUCUACUACGAUCCACUCAUUUGCAAACUUGUUACCCAUGGAGACAACCGCGAACAGGCACUCAACCGUAUGAGUGAAGCUUUGGAUAACUAUGUCAUCCGUGGUGUCACUCACAAUAUCCCACUUCUCCGUGAUAUUGUUCAAGAAGAACGUUUCCGCUCUGGUAACAUCACCACCAAAUAUCUUCAAGAAGUCUACCCAGAAGGAUUCCAAGGAGCCACUUUGACUUCAUCGGAGCAAGACACUGUUAUUGCAUUUGCUUCAGCUCUCAAUGCUCGCAAACUUGCUCGUGCCAACCAAUUCUUGAAUCAACAAAAACACAAAUCCACUCAUGUUGAUUCAUUGCACAAGACCUAUAAAUUUGUCUCAUCCCUCCCAGCUAAAGAAGGAGCCAAGCCAGUAGAAAACACUGUUGAAGUCACCUUCGUGAAUGGAAAUCCAAAUGAAGCCAAUGUCACAGUCAACGGCAAAGCUAUUUCUAUCAAAGGAAAUACCAACUUGGCCCUCCCAACUAACAACUUGGAAGUCGAUGGAGAACACGUAAGUUUUGAAUAAUUGUAUGAGAAUCUCGAGCAUAAACAACUUUCAGGUUGUCACUCAAAUCGUUGCCAAACGCGCUGGUGAAAUCACUGUCUUGUACAAGGGAACACCAUUCAAGGUGUCAGUUUUGCCAGAACAAGCUGUUGAAUAUCUUCAAUAUAUGAAGGAGAAGGCCAAGGUUGAUCUUUCAACUGUCAUUCUUUCACCAAUGCCAGGAGCUAUCAAGAAUGUCAAUGUUAAGGUGAGUUUUCAUUGUUUUUUUGCUGAAAACGAACACUGUAUUUCGAAAAUCGUUGUGGAACUGAAAAUUCUCAAUGAAAUGAACUUUGAACUAAACAAAACAGAUUUGAUUUCGAGCUGAAAAUGUAAAAUUAUUUCAUAACUCUUCAAUAGGCCUCCGAUUUAUUUUUCGAUUUUCAAGCCAGAAUUAAAAAAAAAAUAUCGAUUCUAAAAAUGUAUAAUUUAGAAGUUGAAUUUAAGAACGUUAUUAAAAAUAAAAAACAAACACAUAGAUUUUUAACAAUAAAUCAAUCAUUUUUUCCCAGGUUGGUGACAUGGUUAGCGAAGGACAAGAGUUGGUUGUUAUGGAAGCUAUGAAAAUGCAAAACAGUCUUCACGCCGGAAAAACUGGAAAAGUCAAGACAGUCAAUGUGAAAGUUGGAUCAACUGUUGAUGAAGGAGAGGUUCUUGUCGAAUUGGAAUAG